UUAUAGAAACUAAAGAUCUGUUCAUAAAUUGACAGCUCUUACAAUCAAGCAAAUGGCAUCUGCAGAUGAUUUACAGUUUCAAGAGUUUGAUGAUGCUACAAACCUGUUGGCAGCAAAUCCUGAUGCCACGACAAUAAGCAUCACAGAUCCUAAUGAUAAACCUAAAAAUCAGAGAGGUCCAUCAGCUGGGGUAGGAAGAGAUGAGGAUGAAGAUUUGCUGGGAAACGAAGACUCUGACAAAGGUGAGUUACUUGCAGGACAAAAGAAGAGUGCUCCCUUUUGGACUUUUGAAUAUUAUCAAACAUUUUUUGAUGUUGACACCUUUCAGGUAUUGGACAGAAUAAAAGGUUCCCUUUUACCACUUCCUGGCAAAAACUUUGUAAGAUUGUAUAUCCGCAGUAAUCCAGAUCUUUAUGGUCCCUUUUGGAUCUGUGCCACUCUAGUUUUUGCAAUAGCAAUAAGUGGAAACCUUGCCAAUUUCUUGACUCAUCGUGGCCAGCAUGGUUAUCGUUAUGUUCCUGAGUUCCAUAAGGUUUCGAUAGCAGCCACAGCAAUUUACACCUAUGCUUGGCUCAUUCCUCUUGGACUAUGGGGCUUUCUGAUGUGGCGAAACAAUAAAGUGAUGAACAUUGUCUCCUAUUCGUUCCUGGAGAUAGUGUGUGUCUAUGGAUACUCACUGUUUAUUUAUAUUCCUACUGCAAUGCUGUGGAUUAUUCCAAGUGAGAUAGUACGUUGGCUCACAAUAGUACUGGCCAUGUGCCUUUCGGGCACCGUGCUAGUGAUGACCUUUUGGCCAGCUGUCCGGGAUGAUAACCGGAGAAUUGCCGUAUCAACUAUCGUAGUUAUUCUGAUCCUUCAUGCCCUGCUUGCAGUUGGCUGUAAGGCAUAUUUCUUUGAUCCACCAGAAAAAGUCAAACCUCUUCUUGUCUCCCCAACUAUUACUCCAAAUCGGAAUGGAACUCUUGUGGCAACCCAUAGUGCAUAACUUAUCAGAUUUGUUCACUAAUAACUUGGUAUGCGGAAAGGCUCUUCAGACUAAACAACCAGUGUAACACUGAUAAUCUAACCAGACUACAAAGAACUAUACUGAUUUAUUUAAAAAAUCAUUGUAGAGCUCCAAACCAAUUAAACCAGGUUUUGGGAUUUGUGCAUUGCGGCUGUUGUGAUUUUUCUGUUCUACUUUUCCACUGUCUAAUGUAACAUAUUUGUUACCAAUUGUAAAUAUUUAUUUCAUAAUUUGCUAAUGAAGUCUGGGAAAAAUAUUUGGUUGUGAUAUUUGGUUCUUUUUAAUAAUGUUUAAAUUUGCUUAUGCCUUACAAAAUUAAUUUUAACAGGCUUUAUUCAAAAAUGUCAAUCAUAAUGUACAUAAAAGUUAAUUUAUCAUGUUUCAAAAGUCUUGUGUAGUUGACAAAAGGAUGAGAUUCAAGGUCUCGGCAGACUACAUUCAUAAGGAAAAGUUACAGGUUUUAUAACAAGGUGUUUAAACUACUGCAGCCAAUUAAAGAAUUGUUCAUUCU